AUGGACGCCAACAAUAAAUAUACUAAAACCAACCCAUACUCAUCUCAUCUUCAAUGUUUUCUUUCUCUUCAUCAUUGUCAAAGAACUAAGAGAUCUCUCUUUGCUCUUCUCUCCCUCUUCUUGCUUCUGCUCUUAGCUUGUAAUGGUGUCUCUAUGUUCUGUUUCUACAUCCCUUUUCCGGCCAAAGCCCCCUCGGAUCCCGCCAGUUUCUCGCCGGAAAAUGUAUCAAGAAAGUGGGUUUCUAUGUCUUCUUCAACAAAGGUCACUUCUUCUGUCAUGCACGCAGUGAAAGAAGAAAACCCACCUGCAAUUUCAAAGAGCCAUUUAACUUUUGUGCAUAAAAAUCAUAACUUGGUUGUUCUCAAGAACAAUCCUUCGGUGUAUGCAAUGAGAAGGAGGAGAAAACACAAGUCUGUGUUCAGGAUGCUACGUUCAGAGACCAGAAUAAAACAGUUUUCCACGAGAUUGAAGGAGUUUUUCAGUGGGAGUCCUUCGAAUUCUUCGUGUAAGUUUCGUUUUUUCAUGACUUGGAUUUCUUCAUUGGAGUCAUUUGGUGGGAGAGAACUGUUUACAGUACAGAGUGUGUUUAAAUCACAUCCAAAUGGGUGUCUAUUAAUUGCAUCAAAUUCAAUGGAUUCAAGAAGAGGAAUGAAAAUUCUAAGGCCUUUUUGGAAUCAUGGGUUUCGAGUAACGGCAAUUUCACCUGAUUUUGAUUAUUUGUUCAAGCAAACUGCUGCACAAGAAUGUUUUGAUCGGUUAAAGAGAGGAAAUGUCGAUCCUGGGGCGGUUUCUUUGGGUCAGAACCUCUCAAAUUUGCUUAGGCUUUGCUUAUUAUACAAGUUUGGUGGAAUUUACAUAGACACAGAUGUUAUUGUUCUGAAGAGUUUUGGGAACCUGAGAAAUGCAAUAGGGGCACAGACUAUUGAUCUUAAAACCCGAAAUUGGAGCCGUUUGAACAAUGCUGUGAUGGUGUUUGAUAAAGAGCAUCCACUUGUUUACAAGUUCAUUGAAGAAUUUGCACUCACAUUUGAUGGGAAUAAGUGGGGUCACAAUGGCCCUUAUUUGGUUUCAAGGGUUGUUUCAAGAAUGAUUGGAAAAGCUGGAUUUAAUUUCACAGUGUUGCCACCAGUAGCUUUUUAUCCGACUGAUUGGAGCAGAAUUCGUAGUCUCUUUCAAGGGCCUAGAAAUGAGACUCAUUUGAAAUGGUUGCUUGCUAAACUGGAGCAAAUUUGCAGGCAAAGCUAUGUGGUUCACCUUUGGAAUAAGCAGAGUAGAAGGCUUAAAGUCGCAGAAGGGAGCAUCAUUGGACGCAUAAUGUCUGAUUGUUGUGGGUUCUGCAAUUCUUCUAUAUCGACGUUUUUAGCUGUUCUACACUCUCGUGUUGAUCUGAAUUUGAGAGAAAAAUUGGAUUGUUUAUUACCAUACAAUGAAGUUCAUAGCAUCAUUGAGCGUCAGCUUGAGUUUACGACUGCUGUGAAGAUCUGCCAGCUUCUAUUCUACAGAUACCAGCUUUUGGGCUUUCUGUUUACUUCUGCCUCAGCAUUUUCAUGGCUGUCUCUGGUUUUGCUGAACAUUGGAAGUGCAAAUUUGGUGAUCCAACUGCCAAUGCAUAUGUAUGGAUUAGUUGAAACAUCAACCUUCUGCAUACUCUUCUCAGAAGCAUGUCCUUUACCCGAAGCCAACACAUUUUGUUUCAGCACAUGUGGCCUUUAUGUGUUUUCGCUCUCAGCAUCUACAUAUUCACAAUGUCCAUCCUGGUAA